AGAUACUUUCUCAGAAAUGGCAGAAAGCUGGGGAAGUGCUGCUUAUGCAGCCAGGCGACAAAACCAAGAAACAACGAGAGAAUCUUCCUUUACCUUCACCAACAGCAAUAACACCAAAGAUCCCUUUGAGGGCCCCAACUACCACAUUGCUCCAAGAUGGGUGUACAAUCUCUCAACACUUUGGAUGAUCAUAGUGGUCAUCCUCUCAGUCUUCACCAAUGGCCUGGUACUGGUGGCCACUGCAAAAUUCAAGAAGCUCCAACACCCUCUGAACUGGAUCUUGGUCAACCUUGCUAUUGCUGACAUUGGAGAAACACUUUUGGCUAGCACCAUCAGCGUUUGCAACCAGUUUUUUGGCUACUUCAUUCUGGGACAUCCAAUGUGUGUCUUUGAGGGAUACACAGUCUCCACUUGCGGUAUUGCUGCUCUGUGGUCCCUGGCUGUUAUCUCUUGGGAGAGAUGGGUGGUGGUGUGCAAGCCCUUUGGAAGUGUCAAGUUUGAUGCCAAAUGGGCCAUGGGAGGCAUUAUCUUCUCCUGGGUCUGGGCUGCUUUCUGGUGUGCCCCCCCCAUCUUUGGCUGGAGCAGGUACUGGCCUCAUGGCCUGAAGACUUCCUGCGGACCUGAUGUGUUCGGAGGCAAUGAGGAUCCUGGAGUCAAGUCCUACAUGAUUACUCUCAUGAUUACAUGCUGCUUCUUCCCCCUGUUCGUGAUCAUCUUCUGCUACAUUUUCGUGUGGCUAGCCAUUCGUGCUGUUGCUGCGCAGCAGAAAGACUCUGAGUCAACACAGAAGGCCGAGAAGGAAGUGUCCAGGAUGGUUGUUGUCAUGAUUAUAGCUUACUGUGUAUGCUGGGGACCUUAUACCUGCUUUGCCUGCUUUGCUGCGGCUAACCCUGGGUAUGCUUUCCACCCUCUGGCUGCCGCAAUUCCUGCCUACUUUGCCAAGAGCGCGACCAUCUACAAUCCAGUUAUAUAUGUCUUCAUGAACAAACAGUUCCGUACUUGCAUCAUGCAGCUCUUUGGAAAGGCAGAAGAUGAUGGCACUGAAGUGUCUACAUCAAAAACAGAGGUUUCCUCUGUGGCACCUGCAUAAACCCCAGACAACAUUGUACCUCUUGGAAACAAAUCGUGAACGUUCUGAGGAGAUUUUCCAAAUGGGACUUUUCAAA